AUGGCUUUCGUGAGAGGUCUAUUGGGUGCAAAGAAGACUCUGAGCCGUUCUGUAACAGCUAAAACACCAAAAGGGUUUCUUGCGGUGUACGUUGGCGAGGACCAGGUCCCGAAGAAGAGGUAUAUAGUUCCCGUCUCAUACUUGAGCCAGCCUUCGUUUCAAGCUCUGCUCAGUAAAUCCGAGGAAGAGUUUGGGUUCGAUCAUCCGAUGGGUGGCUUAACGAUCCCUUGUCCUGAAGAUACUUUCAUCACCGUAACUUCUGGGCUCAAGGGAAGAUGA